AUGAACUACCAACGCGCUAUAAAUGAAAUCCCCGCUGUAUUCCAAGUCUCGUCAGGCGAAAGAGGAUCAAACAUUCUCAAUAGCUUCCUAGGCUGGGUCCGCAACGAGACAUUCGGAAACAUGGCUGAAGUUUGCGCUUUAUGGGCUGCAAUCGUGGACGCCAACGAGCACCUCACCAAACUAGAUCAAACCCUCACUUCCCAUGAGAUUCCACAUGCGGAAUACAAGAUUAAGGAGAUACUAGACUCGGAGUUGAGAGAGGCAAAGGAGUUGAUGGCUCUUAUGCCUGGUGGACCGGAGAAUAAGGCGAUCAAUACCGAUGAUGAUCUUAUACAUGCUAUUGGGCGGUUGAAGUUUCUUCGUCAUUUCAAUCAGCAGAAAUAG